AUGCCACCUUUGGCUGCAAAGCGCCGCAGCCGGCGGCGAGAUGUUGACCUACACGAUGACCCCGUCGAUAUGGACGCACUGGACUCGUCGCCUACUCGGCGGUCAGUGAAGAAGCGCAAGGUCGAGCACACACCUCAGCCGGAUUUCGACAGAGCCCUCGAGCCAGCCUCUGCAGACGAGAAUGAAGACGAAAACGACAUGGCGGCCAACCAUGAUCUGGUCGACUCGGUAAUCGCCAACCUGGCCGUGGCUAGAGACCCCGUUUCCGUCAUGGUUCAUCACUCCAACGCCCGAACGCAGCAGGAAAACAAAGAAAGCGUCGAGGCGUACGCUAAGAUUGCCGGCCGUGACUGGACAUACUACGUCAAAACCCUUCAUGUCAACAUAGGACGGCCUCCAGAUCGUGAUCAGAGAGUCGACGCGCAGUCUUCGCCCAUCACGGUUGCCGCACAGGCGCUGCCGGAUGUACACAUCGACCUGGGGCCCGGCAAGUUUGUCUCCAGACUGCAUGCAGAGAUAUACUAUGACCGAGACGACCCUCCGUGCUGGCGCGUGAGAGUAAACGGACGUAAUGGCAUUCGCGUGAACAAUGUCUUUUUCAAGCGUGGCACGGCCACACAGCUCUCCUGCGGCGAUAUACUAGAGAUCGCCAAUACCCAGAUGAUGUUUGUCACGCCCGGCGACCAGGCCGUUAUUGACCCGGCCUUUAUCAACCAGGCGCAGAACGGCGUUCAUGCUACUCGAGAAGACGACACAACCUGGGAUAGUACCUACCAUUCGCAUCCUACUACCACCACCACCACCAAUCCUGGCCCACGACGCAUGUCCUUUGCUCCCAGCAGCAGCAGAGACCAAGCAGCUCCCGCCGCCACAACCGGCACCCGUCGAGCAGAGAUUGCAAAUGCGGCCACCGUUACUCCCAAACGGCAGACAACGCCCUCUCAACGGCCACAGUCGAGAGAUACCAUCGAGCUGCCGUCCAAAAUGUCUCCCAUGUACAAUCGUGGAAUGAUGAUGGAAAGCACCGAGGAGAUUGACUACAGUGAGGACGCGGCUAAGGAUAUCAAGCCGCCGUUCAGCUAUGCAAACAUGAUUGCCCAGGCCAUCUUCUCUACCGAGGAAGAGAAGCUGUCUCUCAGCAACAUCUACAAGUUUAUCAUGCAGAAAUAUGCUUUCUACAGGCAUUCGCAGUCUGGUUGGCAGAAUUCAAUUCGACAUAAUCUCUCCUUGAACAAGGCGUUCCAAAAGGUCCCUCGUCGCACCGACGAGCCGGGCAAAGGCAUGAAGUGGCAGAUCGUCCCAGAGCACCGAGAGGAGUACUGGAAGAAACAGGCCAAAAAGAGUGGACAGUCCUCAACACCAGCCUCUCCCAUUGGCAAGGAGCGAACCGGUUACCAGCCCAUCAACGGCCACCCAGCCAUCAACGUGGAGAAGAAUAUAGAUGCCUCUUCCCAGGCAAGCAAACCGUCACCUCAAGCACAGACAGCUUCACCAGGUUAUCACUCCUUCUCCGUCGCACCGAUCGAGGCAUAUACGCCAGACCGUGGUUCACGAAAUGGCCUCGGCAUCAACGGCGCUGGUACCCAUGACUUUGACGAACAGUCUCCAUUGCCCAACGGCCCACGUAACAACAAUGCACCAGCUCGAACAUACGGCCUGUCCGACAAUGCCGUUGCUUCUCCUCCCGUUCUCUCCUCCUCGUAUUACGACGACGCUGCCUCGUCAAUGAUCACACCUGCCCCUUUACGCCAGCAACCCCGUCUCGCACCUCCAAGCACAGCCCAAGUUCCUUCAAGGUAUAUGCAGCUUAGCUCGCCAGCCCAGUUCUGGAAAUUAGCAGACAUGGGCAACACGCCUGCCAAGCCGAUGCCGGAGAUGAGUCCGCUGAAACCAUCCAUCGGCACAGCGGAGUCUAAUCGCUGGAAAACAUUAAACACUAUACCAAGCAGUAGUCCACCGCCAGCUAACCUGGGCAGUCCAACUAAGCCCGCAUCAUCCAUCAGAGGACGCGGCAGAGAAUCCAGCAUCGGUAGAGAGAGAGCCAGCGAGCAUGAAAAUAAAACCAUAAAGCGUCAUCAGGAUAACUGGGAAGAAGAUGACGAUAAUAACGAUAGUGAUGAUGGUGGCUUUGAUCUUGCAAGGUUGGUUUAA